AUGGCAAAUCGAACGGAUCCAAGGGCGCGAACGGUUCACGGCACGAACCCGCAGAAUCUGGUGGAGAAAAUUCUGCGCGCUAAGAUUUAUCAGAACAUUUAUUGGAAGGAGCAAUGCUUCGGCCUCACAGCUGAAACCCUGGUCGACAAAGCUAUGGAUCUGGACCAUUUCGGAGGAACCUAUGGCGGAAAUCGCAAGCCUACCCCGUUCAUGUGCCUCAUUCUCAAGAUGCUUCAGAUUCAACCAGAGAAGGAGAUCGUGGUCGAGUUUAUAAAGAACUCGGAUUACAAGUACGUGCGCCUGCUGGGGGCGUUCUACCUGCGGCUGGUGGGCAAGCCCAUGGACGUGUAUCAGUACCUGGAACCGCUGUACAACGACUACCGCAAAGUGCGCAGGAAACUGGAGAGCGGAAUGUUUGUGUUGUCACACGUGGACGAGUUCAUAGAGGAGCUUCUCACGCUCGACUCCAGCUGCGACAUUGCCUUGCCUCGCAUACCUCGCAGGCUCCCAGCAAUGUCACCAUUUGGUGUUCGUGGUAUCUGCUCUUUGCUUGGGUUUUGA